AAAUCUAGUAUCCAGAAUUGCAGAAGCCCUUGGAACGCCCUUGGAAGCUCAUUCCUUUUCGCUUCCAAUAUUGGGGCUUUCCCCCCCCCUUUCGGGGGACUAAGAGUUUCGGGUACCCUGGGUUCCUGUAUCAACCUCCCUCUACUGUCCGGACGGUUAUUUCUGCUGCACAGCGCGCUCAGUUCCGCUUUUGAUGCCCAGACGGACUGGAUUCAUCGAUGCUCCUGAACUCUGUGACCGUGGAUUCUGGACAGAAAGAAACUACGAGUGAACAUUUGGUGACCAGAAACCAGAUUCUCUGAGGAGUUAGAGGGCUGCUGUCUUCUUCUACGGCCGUUUAGAGCAGUUUUUAUAGACAGCGCCACCUACCGCCAGAGAUUAUCACUAAAGUGCACAACUUACGGUUUUAAAGGGACGAUUUCACUCAAGAUACGCUUAGAAUUUAAAAGGUUUAUUCAGGGAAUAUUCCACUUUCGUUUCGGCCCCAGUAAGCCUGUCUACAGGGCAGGUGGACCGGACUUCUAGGACCUCCUGCUCCCUGCAGGACUUCCUGCUGAGCUGAAGCCAGUAGCAGCAUUUAUCUCCAUGAUGGAAGACGGCCACACUAUGCACAUUACGAUUCAACGAGGCAGAUCCCUCCCUCAACUGAACAGAUGUUCAACAUGCUGCGACAUGUACCACUGCCCGUUCUGCUGCUCAACGCUGUUCCGCCCUCAAAGAUUUAGCAAAGUCAGAUCCCAUUUAGACAGCCAUUUUAACAGGGCGGUUGUCCAUCAAGGAUACACGAUUCACAGAUGUGGAUUAAAAUGCCGACCAAAAUGGCAUUACCACUGCAUCUAUUGCCGGUCAAUGCUGUCACGCAAACCAGACUUCAUAAAACACUUGUUUUUGUGCAACAAGAAGCACCUUCCACCAACCACCACCAUCCCAGGUCCAACCACCACCAUCCCAGCUCCAACCACCACCAUCCCAGCUCCAACCACCAUCUCAGCUCCAAUCACUGCCCAAACUGUAUUGCUUCAAAGAGUUCUUCUGAAACCUGUAGUGCAAAAAGAAUGUCCCAUAUGCAAGGUUCUUAUGAACACAAGAAAUUUAAAAAGGCACAUAGAAAGGAAGCACACGGGCAAACAUCAGGACAUAAUAGCAACCUCCCACCUCCAGAGUGAAUGUAUAGAUCCUGAGAAUGGAGUCUAUACUGUCCACAAGUCCUUUCUGGGCACCAGUGUUCCUCUGCAUGUUCAGAAUAAGAUAUGGGGGCAAAAUCAGCGUGUUUCUUGCGAGUCAGCUGAGUGCCAGGAAACCAUGGAGCUGGCAUGGCAGAGUGGAUUCAAAGCAUAUCAAUGCAUACACCUCAAAUCAGUACCAUACUGUACAUCGUAUGCCUCUUCUCCUGUGCUUUUGGAAGAAACACUUUGUGAGAUGGUGAGCAGCCAGUGGUUUGGCGAGGAUGAAAAGAAGAUGUGUCUCGAUCUGCAAAGUCUGGCCGAACAGAACCGUCUACCUCUCUCUGUUCACUCAAAAGUAGGAACCCCCGAAACAAAGAAAUACUUAUCCGUCUUUGAGCCCACAGUUUCAGAUUAUAGUCGACUUGGAAGAGUCAUGGUGUCAUUCGACACAGAAAAGGAUUCAUGGGACUGUUCUUGUGCAGAGACGAAGACAUCCUGCCUCCACAAAUGUAUUGCCAAAUGGCAUCUAUUUCAGACACACCAUGAGCUGUUGGGGAAAGUCCGAAGCACUGAGGAGGUGGAAUGGCCAAGUCCGUCAUCAACGAUGGACAAAGACAGUCAUGAUGAGGUUGGGGUUGAUGACAAUCAGUACCCACCAAAGCAUGAAGAAACAAUAAAAGGCAUGGUUCAGUACCUUCUAAAGAACAAGAAAUUACCUGCUGUCCUGCCAGAACAGUUUAGGCUUCCAUCGAUAGAAACACAAUACCCAAAGCAUCUCAUUCCAGAGGAGAUGAUGUGCCAGCACUGCCCACAACAUGUUCCCCUCAGUGACCCAGUCCUCAUCACUAACAAGGCCAAGAUCCUGACCAAUUCCCAUAUCGUCGAAGAUGUUUCUACCUACUGUAAAUCAUGUCAUCAAUGUGGAACCUUCUACCGGUACCAGGAGUGGAAGGAAGGCCUCCACAACUUCAAUGACUGGAUACUCCUUGACCUCCCUUUAUGUCUAACCAUCAGGAACAUGCUACAGGUCCAUACUGCAGUGAGCCGAGUGGUCGAGUACUUGGAGUUGACCACAGGAGUCCAGUACCCACCAGCAGAUACAGUCCUCCACGGCUAUCUUCACUUCGAAGCCCUGACAGGCCAUGAAUAUGAGUAUUCUUGUGUGACCUGUGGUGAUCAUCCACCAGUGGUCAUUAUGGGCCUCCAUAAGGGGGACUUCCAGUUGUCAGUAAGUGACCUUCCACAACCCCCAGAAGACUUCAGUGGAGAGGUGGAUGUUGAACUAUUUUGGGAAACACUCUCAAUGGAAAGGAUUGGUCAAGGAUUUGUAUCUAGUCACCAAAGCAAUCCAUUUGCUGUUUCGCCAACUUUCCACUUUUGGGCGCCAUGGAUCGGCAGAAAUACCCGUCGUACAAACUGUGUCCUAAACACAGAAUUUCAAAAAGUCUGUCCACCGAAACAAGCUGAGGUCUGUGAAAUCACCGUCACAGAAGACCAGCUGAGAGAGGAACUCUGCAAGCAGAAGGUUCAGGUGGUUCAUGAACUAUGUAGGGAAUGUGGACUGGAUUCCUCUGGAUCACACACUGAUCUCCUCCUGAGAUUGUCCAAUGAAAUGAAAUCCAGACAAACAUACGACAAGGUUUUCCAGAAGAUAUGGGCUGCCUCAGGUGGUUGGGCUGUGAUUACGUGCCCAUGCGGUGUCGUAUAUAGCAUCAAGGGCAACAUCCGAGCAGAAAGCCCACGUGACUUUGCUGACAUCCUCCUCUCUUGGACACACAUGCCAAAUAUUGUCAUAUAUGACUUUGCAUGUGAACUCGCCACGCAUACAAAUCUGAGAGAACCUGAACGGUCGCCUUUCAGCCCAUUUGAAGGACAGUUACGGGCAUCAAGCACAGAUACCAUAUCAAGAGCCGAAACUGGAAAUCUGAAGGUGUCUCUGCCAUGGCUGAACUCUACAAAACCAGUACCAGACUGUGAUGGCCAUCCAGUAACUGGUUCAGCGGAGCAUUAUGCUCUGUAUGACCGAUUCCACGAGGACCAAACGAAGGAUCCCAGAGACGCCCUGAGGAAACUGAGCCUGGUCCGGCAACUAGCCGGAAAAGUCAGCAGUCAAAUAGUGACACAACUGUUUGCAAAAAUGAGAAAAAACAACUACUUCUUAAACAUGGCUUCACCAUCAACACGUCUGUUCCUCAUGAGAAACAUCAUCCACCAUUACAACACCCACAGAAACAAACAACAACUGGACACCAUGGAAAAGUCCUUUAAACCCGAUGUCGUGAUGGACGUCUACAAGCAGACAGUGUUGGAGAACUUCAGACCAACUUUAAUUUAAGUACACCACACCCGACGUAUCGCUGCCGACCCCACACACCCGGGAAAAUGGACCGUUGGUUCUGCUUUCCUCGGGCAAUAAAAACAUUAAAACUCUAACUUCCAGACUGAAAAUCAGUUUUUAUCCCAGAACUGUUUAAUCCAUUUCCCCCCUGAACACAAACAGACUCACUAUGUGCAGUAAAGAACUGAGUCUUGCACUGGACUGCACUUUACCACCCAUCUUACUGCUCAUGUGCCUAAUUCUGUUUACAUAUUUGUAUGUUUUGAGGAUUUUUUUUUAUUUUAGUUGUAUAUAGUGUGCCAUUUUCUAUUUUUUAUAUAUAGCUGGGACCACUGUUCCCUCUAAGCUGCGUGCGUGCGCAAUUGCGCACUGCUGACACGGUCUCCGCGCACAGAAAAUCUGCGCUGCAAAAAAAAAAAAUCCAACCUAAAUUGUAAAUAAAAUAAACACGUAACAAUUCAUUCUGUGCUAUUUUUCAGUGCGAGUCAGUGAGUGACCGGUGACUGGCUGCUGCAGCCAAUGAUGCGAUUCACAUACGUAUUUACCAUAGACUGUAUAUAAUGGUAUUUACGCAGCUAAUCAACGUCAGACGUCCUUAUGUGCAGCCACCGUUGUUCUCAUAGAUAUGAAUGAGUAGAUAGGACACACCCCUUUGAGCUGCGUGCUACGGCGAGGCUAAGCUAAUGGGGGCAAAGUUUCAGUGCAUUCCGUUGAUGUAGACGGUGUGAAAACGGAAACAACACGUAUGCCGGCUCACUGUGCUGCAUGCAAUUACACACUGCGUCGUACGAUUGAGACAAGGAAACUUGGAAUGACUUUUCAUAGGUAAGAAUAGUUUUUGGCUCUUUUUUCAUUAUGAAAUCUUGUUGAGAGCUUCCAGUCUAUGAGAGCUAACUAGUUAGCCACUAGCAAAACACCAAGGCGAGCUAGCAGCUUGACAACCAAAUACCAGACGAUUAAUAGUAGCUGUAGUAUAGUUGUACAAGCAGUAGUAGUAAUACUAAAAGUACAAGCAGUAGUAGUAUAAAAUAGCUGUUAGAGUCAUAGAAGUAGUAUCAGCAUUUGUAAUAGUAUUACAAGUUGUAAUAGCAGUGCCAGUAUCAGCAGCAGUAGUUAGUGUACUACCACUACUACUAGUAGUCGUCACAUUGGUAUUACUAUCACCAAUACUACCAAUAGUAAUUAUAAAGCCUAACUCAUGUAUAUCCAGAUUACCAUCUAUGUUCUUCCUCCAAACCCAUUUUAUGAUUGGGAUUACAGGCAGUUCUUUAGGACUGCUCUCAAAUAAUUGAAAUGUUACUAAACAAGGUUAUACUUAUCAAAUUAAGUAGCUCUGGUCUCCAGUAUUUUGGCGAAUUCGGUUCUUUGUACUUAAUUUAUUAGCAUGAUUUUUAAUAUGUUGUGUACAGACUUAAUUACUUCUCUGUCUACUUUUCUUACUCCAUGUAGGUUUCCCAGAGACUAUGGGUUGAGGAGGAAGUGGAAGUUUGUCGGCUUAGACCUGGUGUCAUUCCAUCAGUGUUAAACUUCCCAGCUCAUCUUGGAAGAGUACGUGCCAGAAAGACCAUGACCAAGCAGCCUUGAGCGUCUCCCUGAGGUCCCUCUCUAUCUCCCUACACAUCCACCAACCACUGGAACACAUCUCCAAAGUUCUGCCAGGCCAGCUCAGCUUCCCCUCAGAAGAAGUGGCGCCACCUGCCAGAUGAAGGAGCCUUUUGAGAGGCAGCUGGCAUCGUGAUUGGACUGUACUUUGGUCUGUUCCAAUCCAGCUUCAGCUCCAGAGACGGCAGGCGGGACGAGUCAACGGAGGCCUGGUGGACGAAGGCAUGCAGCUGAGUACAAUCCAGAAAACAACAGAGGAGGAGUGCAGCAGCCAGAACAACCAGAGUAGCAUCGUAUGUCUCUUAGAAAACAUCAUAGUAGAGCCUUUGGUAUGAAAAAACGCCAUCAUAUACAUCGUAUAUUGUACAAAUAACAAGUCAAAGGAAAGAGACAUACAUUGUAGAAUUGUAGUAAUUGUGGGCUGACUGAUUUACUGAUUAUCAGUAUUUUAUUUUUUACUGAUUUACGGUAAUAAAUACAUUUAAAAAUGG